GCAAUCAGUGCUGUGCAAAUUCAAUCAGCAGACAGCAUUGUGUUUUGUAAGAAAGCACUUCUGGCUGAAAUAAUGGUGCCUUGUGGUACAUCCCAGCUCUCCAUAAAAAAUGCUAUAGAAAGCUUGCUAACUUGGACAAGCUUCAAAAUCAGCAAGCCAACUUCUGCAGAUAAAAUGGCUCAGAAAAACACGGAUAUUUUCAACAUUGUCAUGACUCCUGAUCGCAUCCCUAAAUUUUUCAUCCCUUCUCUGGACAUAGAGCAUAUUGCCUUUCAACAGGAACCAGAGGAAGAUACCAUUGAGAAUCCUCCAGAGAGACAAAUGUCUGAUGAAGUUGUUCAAAAGCGCAGGACAACUAGAAGCAAAUCUGAAUCCUACAUCAGGAAAGAUGCACUGUGUAAAGGAGGAAGUCUGCACAGAAGAGGAACCCUGUGCUUUGCGGACCAAGCAAUUUUCCCUGGAGACUUAGAGAGAGCAGCACAUCAUUCCGACCCAGCAACAAGAGCUGCCCUCUCUUUGCCCCACCUCUCCAAAAUCACCACCCCUUACGGAUUUCUUACACUGGGUGAGAGCCCAAAUACCAGAAGGAAGGAGUCUCUCUUCUUCCAGCAUGACUCUGAAGAGCUUAAAUUCCUCACAUCCCAAAGAAAGAAGACUAUGUCACUUGUAAGGAGCUCAUCCAGCCCUUUUAGAGAAUUUCAACAGGCCGCUGAGUGCAGAAAGCCUCCAGAUACUCCUCUGAAGACAAGACGGGCUGUUUCCUGGGAGACUGUCUGCAGCAGCCAGCUUCCUCCCCUGAGCUGUAAGCCAGACUCCGAAAUGUUCCCUGUGAAAUGUGAGAAGAAGAAGUUUCAGGUGAUGAUGAAGAGGCACCUGGCCAGCUUUAAGCGCAUGCGCUCUGGCACUGGGAUGAACUGGCUAUUCUAACAGCAGGAAGCAUUGCCAGCUCUUAGAUCCUGUGAAAACAGAACAGAAACAGUCUUCCACAGCAGUGUGCAAAUAUGAGCGGGUACCACACAGUCAGCAUUGUGAGCUCCGGAUAAAGGCCAGAUUAGAAACCAGAAAGAACUUGCAUAUGCUGGGCAGGUUGAAUGCAUCUCUUGUUUCUUGAAGUCUUACUCAGCAGCUUGCAGUCCUUUAAAGUGCAAGCAAAGACAGAACUAAUUGAAAGAGGUCAUUUUCCAAAAUUAAUGCUGACUUUCCUGCUCAUGCCUGUAUAAUCUGUGAGAAGGAAGGAAAUGACUGCAUCAAAACAAGCUGCAAAGGGAGAAAAUGUAUGCUGUUAGGGUAGCAAUGUUGGUUUCAGACUCAUAGCAAACUUGAAAGGAGGAAACAUUCUAGAUAGUCAGGUAAAAAGUGUUUUUCUUUUCGUUUUUUCUUUCUUUUUUUUUUUUUUUCUUUUCCUAAUAUUAGAGUGUAGGUGAGAAACAAUUAAAUGUUGAUUUAUUCCAGGCUAUUUACAGUAGGUAGUUGCAAACAGUCAUUCAUAAUUUCUGUCAGGAACAUGCUGGCUGAGAGGAGAAGCCAGGGGUUUACCUCGUGGAUGACAGUGACCAGCUAGCUGCUCUCCUGCUACCUUUAGCAGAUAAGUUCAUUUUGUGCACUCUUCUAGUUAGGCAUUCAAGAAUGGAGUCAGGGGGAAAGCAAUGUGAUUUGUUUACCUUGUUGCUAGUGUCAAAGUAUAAACAAUGCUAUUUAUAACCUGUUAUUUUACUAGUUAUAACUGAACUCAAUAAAAUCUUUUUU